AUGUUAAAUAGAUCUUUCGAGAAGAUAUCAUACGGAAGACUUUUCAAAGCAACGGAAGGGUUCUUUUCAGAAAAUCUGAUUGGUAUAGGUAGCUUUGCUUCAGUUUACAAAGGAAUUAUCGAUGAAAAUGGCUUGAUUGUGGCGAUCAAAGUACUAAACCUUCAACGCCGAGGAGGUUCCAAGAGUUUUACGGCCGAGUGUGAUGCCUUGAGAAACAUUCGCCAUCGCAACCUUGUGAAGGUCAUAACUUCUUGCUCGAGUCUCGAUUUCAAAGGCAAUGAUUUCAAAUCUUUGGUGUACGAAUUCAUGCCAAAGGGGAGUCUCGAGAGUUGGUUGUAUUCAAUACAUCAAAUGCUAAAUCUUGUUCAAAGAAUUAGCAUAAUCAAAGAUGUGGCAUGUGCGCUUGAUUAUCUACAUUGCCGUUGUGGGUCUAUUGUUGUUCAUUGCGAUUUGAAACCAAGCAACAUUUUGUUGGAUGCUGAUAUGGUUGCUCAUGUUGGGGAUUUUGGGCUCGCGAAAAUUCUCUCUCUUGAAGAAGUUUCUAGUACAAAUGAGAGUAGCACAAGUGUUAUCAGAGGAACAGUGGGAUAUGCACCUCCAGGAAAGAAACAUGUUGAUCCAAUGUUUCAAGAAGGGCUAGGACUACAUUUCUCCGCUAGGAGCGCCUUGAAUGAUGGUUUUGUGCUUCAGAUCCUUGAUCCAAUGCUUCUAAAGGAAGAUGUACAUGAAGAGAGUUUGAUUUCAUUAGUAAAAAUUGGAGUAAAAUGCUCUUCCGAGUCUCCACAAGAUCGAAUGGAGAUUGGGACCGUUGUUCACGAGCUCUGCUCGAUCGAUAUAUGA